AUGGAGGAGAUGUAUAAGAAAGCUCAUGCUGCAAUACGAGAGAAUCCAGUGAAUGAGAAGAAGCCUGAGAAAGAACUUAAAGAGAAGAGGUGGAACCGUCCAAAAAUGUCACUUGCCCAGAAGAAAGAUCGGGUAGCUCAGAAGAAGGUUCUGUUAACCAGACCUGAGAGGAAUAUUUUGCCAGAUGCCUACAGCAAACAGCUCACUGCUGCCCUAAGCACCAAUCCCAGCCUGGUGGAGCUGGCUUUGUACAACAAUGCCCUGGGAAGCCAGGGGGUGAAGCUGCUGUGUCAAGGACUCAGACACCCCAACUGCAAACUUCAGAACCUGAGGUUGAAGAGGUGCCGGGUUUCCAGCUCUGCCUGCCAGGACCUCACCACUGCUCUGAUAGCCAAUAAGCAUCUACUAAGAAUGGACCUGAGCGGCAACGGCCUUGGGCUGCCAGGCAUGAAGCUGCUUUGCGAGGGGCUCCGGCAUCCCAAGUGCAGGCUACAGCUGGUGCAGUUGAGGACGUGUCAGCUGGAGGCUGGGGCUUGCCAGGAGAUUGCCUCUGUGCUCAGCACCAGUCGACAUCUGGUGGAGCUGGACCUGACAGGAAAUGCCCUGGAGGAUUCGUGUCUGAGGCUCUUGUGUCAAGGUUUGUGGCACCCAGUCUGUAGGCUGCGGCUCUUGUGGUUGAAGAUUUGCCACCUCACUGCUGCUGCCUGCGCAGACCUGGCAUCCACCUUCAGUGUGAACCAGAGCCUCAUGGGGCUGGACUUAAGCCUGAAUGACCUGGGGGACCCUGGGGUGCUGCAGCUGUGUGAGGGCCUCAGGCAACCCCAGUGCAAACUCCAGACCCUCCGGCUGGACAGCUGUGGCGUCACAGCCAAAGCUUGUGAGGAUAUCUCUUCCACCCUGGGGGUCAACCAGACCCUAACAGAGCUUUAUCUUACCAACAACGCCCUGGGGAACACAGGUGUCAGGCUGCUAUGCAAGAGGCUGAGUCAUCCCGGCUGCAAACCUCGAGUCCUCUGGCUCUUUGGAAUGGACCUGAAUAAAAUGACCCGCAGAAGUUUGGCAGCUCUUCGCCUAACGAAACCUUACUUGGACAUUGGCUGCUGA